UUUGCAGAGAACAAAUUACUAGUUUGAAACUGUGGUUUGAAAUUGUGACAUUUAUGUCGCUCAUGUUGUGUUUAUUGUGAUCAGUGCUUCUUUCUUCUCUUUUCUCUACCAUUUAUUCAUAAUCAUUUCAGUAUUAAUCUAUAAAUCAGUUAAAAGUCAGUAGUUUAUUGCAUUGUGAUGAACAGUUCAUUUCGCACAAAAUUUUUCCCAUCAUGAGACAAUUUUUCCCAUCAUGAGGCACAAAGUUUUUCUUUGGAGUGUUUACGUGUGCUUUGAAGACACACUUUAAGCUAUUCAAUCUUGGUUCUCUUGUAAAAUGAACCAGACGACGAAAGUGAAUGAAACCAUAAUCAAAAUCGUUAGGGAACUGCAUACGGUCGGCAAUCCGAACAUGGCUGAGCCCGACAAAACUCCGCUGAAACGGACUUUAAGCUCGUGCUCGUUAGAGAGUAGCAUGUAUAAAGAGAUGCUCUUAAAAAGGCUGAAAAGAGAGAGCACACUUAACCUAUCUUGCCGGGCUUCACCCAUGGAGGUAAAUCAUCUAAGGCACGAACUGCGGACAGCUAAAGCCACCAUGCUUGAUUUGGAGCACCGAAUCCAGCAGAUGCACAAUGCUCGAAAAGCUAUGGAGGAGAUGUUCGACAGUGAAACUAAAUCUUUGAAGRGACAGCUUGAAUACGAUAUGAAGAAUAUUGAAGAGCUGGGAGAUCAUCUUCAGACUGUUAGGAGAAAAGAGACUGCAGUAAAGUGGGAACUCUCAGAGAUUAAAGCCAAGUACGAGCAAUUGAAGGUAGUCUCUGACGAGGAGAUAACGGCCCUGGAAAAGGAAAAUUGCAGACUUGAAGAAUGACUCGCAUUGUGCGAAAGCAGCAUCGAGUCAUUUAAGUUGAAGAGAAAAAUUGAAGAACUGCAGUAUGUCUUGCAUGCAGCAGAAGAAGAUGGUGAAGCCCCAAAGAAGUUGGCCACCGAACUUGCAAAACAGCUAAACGAAUAGAACUCGACUGAUAUCAAAAUAGAGCAGGUCAAGGUCGAGCUGCAGAAGGCCAAAAGUCAAAUUAGGCAGUUGAAAAUGGCUAAAGAGGACUAUCUGGAGGCCCAGCAACAAGCAAAAGUUGGCUAUCAAGCAAUGCCCAUUUAAAUCGUUCUUAAUAUUGAGUGUUUUCAUACACAAGCCCACAAAUUGGCAAAGUUCGCGGAAAUCGAAAAGGAAAAUGAGCAGCUUAAAGAGAAUUUCACGCGGCUGAAAGACAACUUAAAGAACAAGCUUCUACUGGAGGAAGAAGUACAUGACCUGAAAAACCGACUGACAAAGUCAAAGGAGCUGGAAAAGCGGGAGACUGAGCUACGAGUAGAUUUUUUUGACUUACGCGACUUGAUGCAUUAUUGACCAAAUUUUCUGUAGGCAAAGUGCUACCAAAACGAAAUGAAUCUUAGCGAAUGGAAUCUUAGCGAAUGAGGCUGACGCAAAAUCGAACCUUUUUCACACACAACGUGCGCAAAAAGUGGCUCUAACUUCUAACUUUUGAGAAACUAAAUGUCAAACUCCGGUCUGCAUAAACAACCAGACUCUAAAUCAGAAUAAAUGAGAACAUUCACUUAAUGAA